GUUGAAAAGUACAAACCAAACUAAUUACAAAAACUGAGAAUAGAGACAAGAGCACACAAGUUCAAUCAAUAUGGCCAAUCCUAAUGGUUGGCCGUCUUUACUUAUGUUGGUCAUAGCCUUGUAUUCCGUUUCUGCUCAUACAAGUGCCCAAUACACAUACUCUCCACCAUCACCACCAUCAUAUGUUUACAAACCUCCUACACAUAUCUAUAGCUCUCCACCACCUCCUCCUUACGUUUAUAGUUCUCCACCACCUCCUCCAUAUAUUUACAAGUCGCCACCACCUCCUCCAUACGUUUAUAGUUCUCCUCCACCUCCACCAUAUAUUUACAAGUCUCCCCCACCACCUCCUUACGUCUAUAGCUCUCCACCACCACCUCCAUAUAUUUACAAGUCGCCACCGCCUCCUCCUUAUGUUUACAGCUCUCCACCGCCUCCUCCAUAUGUUUACAAGUCUCCCCCUCCUCCUCCAUACGUCUAUAACUCUCCACCGCCUCCUCCAUAUGUUUACAAGUCUCCGCCACCACCACCCUACGUCUACAGUUCUCCACCACCACCUCCAUAUGUUUACAAGUCGCCACCACCUCCUCCUUACGUUUAUAGUUCUCCUCCACCUCCACCAUAUGUUUACAAGUCUCCACCACCACCUCCUUACGUCUAUAGCUCUCCACCACCACCUCCAUAUGUUUACAAGUCGCCACCACCUCCUCCUUAUGUUUACAGCUCUCCACCGCCUCCUCCAUAUGUUUACAAGUCUCCCCCUCCUCCUCCAUACGUCUACAGCUCUCCACCACCACCUCCAUAUGUUUACAAGUCGCCACCACCUCCUCCUUACGUUUAUAGUUCUCCUCCACCUCCACCAUAUGUUUACAAGUCUCCACCACCACCUCCUUACGUCUAUAGCUCUCCACCACCACCUCCAUAUGUUUACAAGUCGCCACCACCUCCUCCUUAUGUUUACAGCUCUCCACCGCCUCCUCCAUAUGUUUACAAGUCUCCCCCUCCUCCUCCAUACGUCUACAGCUCUCCACCGCCUCCUCCAUAUGUUUACAAGUCUCCCCCUCCUCCUCCAUACGUUUACAACUCCCCACCGCCUCCUCCAUAUGUUUACAAGUCGCCACCACCUCCUCCUUACGUUUAUAGUUCUCCUCCACCUUCACCAUAUGUGUACAAGUCGCCACCACCUCCUCCUUAUGUUUACAGUUCUCCACCGCCUCCUCCAUAUGUUUACAAGUCUCCCCCUCCUCCUCCAUACGUCUACAGCUCUCCACCGCCUCCUCCAUAUGUUUACAAGUCGCCACCACCUCCUCCGUACGUCUACAGCUCUCCACCGCCUCCUCCGUAUGUUUACAAGUCGCCACCACCUCCUCCUUACGUCUACAGCUCUCCGCCACCACCUCCCUAUGUCUACAAGUCGCCAUCACCUCCUCCAUACGUUUACAAGUCUCCACCGCCACCUCCAAGCUAUAGCUAUAGCUAUAGCUCACCCCCUCCUCCAAUAUACUAACCAAAUCUAUACAUGAUGAACUGAAUUUUAAAAGAAUGAUAUAUUCGUUUAGCGAUUGGCCAUCGUAUUCAUGGAAUAAAAACUUUUCUUUCUAUAUUUUGAUAUAUAAGAAAUACAAUGUAACAUUUGUUUUGGACCCAGGUUCAUUUUUGUUGUCCUCUUUGAAAGAUCAAUGUUCUUGUCGUCCAUCUAUAACUAUUACACAAUCUGAAUAAAUCUCAUUGAAUCAGUAUAAAUCUAUCCAUUAAUCUGGCGCCUGAUGAAGG